ACCCUGGUACUCACACACAUACACACAAACAGUACCGCCUGGGAUCGCCUUUAGUCGUUUUUGAUGUUCGAUGCGAUGCGCACGUGGAUCGGCACAACGCGCUUCAGUGAGAUCGUUUGACGGGGCAUAGAUACGCGUUUGAUACAAUUUCAGCGGAUUGACAAAAUUUUGGAGCUUUUGGAAGAAUAGAAGGGGUGUACUUUCGUUGAUAAGGAUAGGACUAAUAAUUAGGAAGAACUAUGAAGAAUAUAUGUGGGAAAUAUUUUAUGACUCUGGUAGUAUGGUUCUCGGCCUUGGAUCUCUGCCAGCCCAUCAUGGUGACUUUUGGUACCAGCAAGGGACCCAUUAUACCCAGACAGAUCGAUCCCAGCAAAAGAUUACAGCCAAAAACCAUCGUACCCAGAAGUCCAGCUCCAGUGCGCGAGUACCAGGAAGACGUACCAAACCCAAACUACUACAAGCCUGCAUUGCCUCACCAAUACAGAACCAAACUCUACUCAUUAAAACCCAACCCUAACCUCAUUCUAGGCACUCCUUUGGACCAAAGGUACACUCCAAGCUUACAGAAGUACGAUCUACAUAGAAAACAGUACUCCAGGAAUUUAGGAUUGGACUACACGGGUCCCCAUACGUUUGACGUCCAAGACUAUGAGAUUUACGAGUUGAAAAAGACUACUUUGCAACCAUCAACAAAGUACACUGACCAAGAACUUCAACAUAGGACCAAAGCAAAUCAAAAUACGAAAUACGUACCGGAAAUAGGGGUUGUAUAUUCUUCUGGUGUUAGAUACUAUGUUCCUCAAGUAGUUUAUUAUGAUUCUAAUGAAGCUGGAAAGGAUUCUAACUCAGUAUAUGAUCAGAACGAUGAGAAAUAUUACUUUUACAGAGGCCAGCAAUAGUUCAUAGAGAAAUAUUUGAGUUAAAUCCUCUAAAGAUCUAAAUUAUUGUAUUUUUUUGUAUAUUAUACCGUAUGUUCAGAAAAAGUCGGCGCCAGAGACGGCUGGGGAACGACAAUCGAUUAUAAAUUUGAUGAGGUCAAGCCCUAGACGUUUUUUUCUUGGUCCGUUUUUUUAUUGUUUUAUUUUCUAAUUGUGCUUACUGCCAGUUGUCUUUAACAAAGUUGUAAUUUAUUUAUAUAUUGAGAAAAAAUGUUUUUUAAAUGGUAUAGUUUAAAAUUAGAGAAAAAAAAUUGGAAAUAAAUUUGUGUGUCUAAAACAUUCUAUCCAUUUUUUUUCUUUCUAUAAUUAUUAGUGUUAAGGACGAUUCACCUCGCCAAAAUUAUCAUCGAUCGUCAUUCCCAGCCUUCUUUGACGCAAUUUUUUUUUUCGAUCAUACGGUACAAUUUUCAUGACAAAAAUAAUUAAGUGCCAAUGAAAUAUUCUAUGAUCAAUUGAAAAAAAAAUCAGAGUAGGUGUAGAAUUAAACACAGAAGUGAAAUGUUGUUUCUACGCCUACUAUGACAUCAUUUUUUUUAUCUAAUCAUACUGUAUUUUUUUUACUUGAUUAAUGUUUUACCAAUAAUUAUACCUUUCAAAAAUAACGCCUCUUUUUAGAAGUGAGUUAGCUGAUUUCUUCUGCCAUAUAAAAGCUAAAUUAUUUUAUUUUAAAUCUAUUUUAAGUGAUACAGUAGAAAAAAAAACCAUACAAAUUUAAUAAAAAUAAUA